AUGCCGAACCGGAGGUUUGCUGAUGGCGAGAUGGUGAUGGGCCGUUGGCCAGGAAGUGUCCUGUACUAUGAAGUACAAGUGACUAGUUACGAUGAUGUUUCUCAUCUUUAUACUGUUAAGUACAAAGAUGGGACCGAACUUGCGUUGAAAGAAAGUGAUAUAAGGUCACAGUCAUCAUUCAAGCACAGGAAGAGCCAAUCCUCUUCAAGUUCUCCUUCCAGAAGAAGUAGUAGCAGAUCUCGAUCUAGAUCUCCUGGUCGGCCAGCAAAAGGCAGACGUCGUUCUUCUUCCCAAAGCAGAGAGCAUAAAGAUGACAAAAAGAAAACCAUUCAGGAGACCAACGUGGUUCUACCGAAACCGAGUGAGAAUAACACCAGAAGCUACAAUGGUGAGCCUGACAGUACAGAAAUAAAUGACACAUCCAGCAUAAUCUUGGAGCAAAAGUUGAAACCAGACUUGGAAAUAGAGCGUGUGCUUGAACAGUACAGCUACAGCUUGCGUCCAAGAAAAGAAGAAAAGAAAAAAGAAGAGAUAUAUUCAGAGAAAAAGAUUUUUGAGACAAUAAAAGGAAUUGAGAAAGCAUCAUCAAAAACAAAGGAGCUAGAGUUUGGUGGAAGAAUUGGGACCUUAGCACUGAUGUUUUUCCUGCCUGCUACUGUAUUGUACUUGCUGUUGAUGUGCAAACAGGAUGACCCCAGUCUUAUGAACUUCCCUCCUCCUCUCCCAGCACUUGAAAGUCUUUGGGAGGCUAGAGUGUUUGGUGUUUUUCUUCUGUGGUUUUUCCUUCAAGCUCUGUUUUCCUUGCUGCCGAUUGGAAAGGUUGUAGAAGGCCUGCCCCUUUCCAAUGGAAGAAAACUGCAGUACCGGAUAAAUGGGUUUUAUGCUUUUCUUUUGACUGCUGCAGCUAUUGGAACUUUGUUAUACUUCCGAUUUGAACUUGAUUAUUUGUAUGAUCACUUCAUGCAGUUUGCAGUGUCAGCUGCAGCUUUUUCUGUGGUGUUGAGCAUUUAUCUGUAUAUUCGAUCCCUGAAAGCACCUGAGGAAGAACUAGCACCAGGUGGAAAUUCUGGGUAUUUUGUUUAUGAUUUUUUUACUGGACAUGAACUAAACCCUCGUAUUGGCAAUUUUGACCUCAAGUACUUCUGUGAGUUGCGUCCAGGAUUAAUUGGCUGGGUUGUUAUAAACCUGGCGAUGCUCUUGGCUGAAAUGAAGAUACACAAUUGGAGCACACCAUCUCUAUCAAUGAUACUUGUGAACAGCUUUCAGCUUCUGUAUGUGGUGGAUGCUCUUUGGAACGAGGAAGCUGUUUUGACUACAAUGGAUAUUACCCAUGAUGGAUUUGGAUUCAUGCUAGCAUUUGGCGAUUUGGUGUGGGUUCCAUUUGUCUACAGUCUGCAGGCCUUCUAUUUAGUUGGUCAUCCUACUGCGAUUUCUUGGCCUGUUGCUGCUGCAAUUACUAUUCUGAACUGUAUUGGGUAUUACAUAUUCCGCAGUGCAAAUUCUCAGAAAAAUAAUUUCCGAAGGAAUCCCGCAGAUCCCAGAUUGUCCUAUCUGAAAUUUAUACCCACUGCAACUGGAAAAGGGCUUCUUGUCACGGGUUGGUGGGGUUUUGUUCGUCACCCUAAUUAUCUUGGUGACAUCAUCAUGGCUCUAGCAUGGUCCCUACCCUGUGGUUUUAAUCACAUUUUACCGUAUUUCUAUGUGAUAUAUUUCAUCUGCUUGCUUGUUCAUCGAGAAGCUCGUGAUGAACAUCAUUGUAAGCAAAAAUAUGGCUUGGCAUGGGAAAGGUAUUGUCAGCGUGUACCAUACCGCAUAUUUCCUUACAUCUACUAG